GACACAUCUAAUUUGAAUCAUCUUUUGUUUCCGACACUGCUGUACUUUACACUUGACAACCGGAAUAUCCUUUCUCAGUUGUGAUCUCAAUUUUUACCCCACACAGACAGUGCGCAAUUCCUCAUCUUUCAUUGGUUUAUUAUAAAGAAGGAAAAUCAUCAUUUGCAACCAAAUACAAUAGAAAUGAAAGCAUGAAUCUAAUAUUUUUCAAGCUUUGACAACCCAAGACUAAGAACUAUACUACUACUACUACUACUACUACUACUACCAAGCCUUUAGAUGAAGUUUUACCGAAUGUCCUGAUAGCUAAACACGUUAACCUUUACUAAGUGAUGUGUUGAAAUAUACAAUUACAAAUACUUUUAUGUCAAUGUUUCCACAUAGGCUAUUUACAUAGUAGUUACGUUGGAUUUCAUGACGGAUGGGGAUAGGAUAGGCGGAUCUAGGAAUUUCUGUUUUUUGACAUGAGAGGUACCAGUACGCGUUUUCAGUGGACCAUUUUAUAUUAGAAGUGUUUGGAGCAGACAGGAUGCCGGAUGUACAUUGUAGUGCAGUGUUUGGAGCAGACAGGAUGCCGGAUGCACAUUGUAGUGCAGUGUUUGGAGCAGACAGGAAGGCGGAUGUAAGAUGAUCAGCUAAUAAAGGAGCACAAUCCGUGCCAUUUGGAACUCCAACAAACUGUUGGAAGAAAUGAUCACCAAAGACUUCGACGAUAUUGUCAGUGAGGAACUGCACCAUCUUUUUAAUAUCAGCUCUAGAGUACUUGUGCGUAAAAUGAGAGUGGUGUUUAAGAAAUUAAUAUUUAGAUAUUUCAUUUUUCCAUUUUUAUUGAAGAAGCAACUGUCUAUGAUGUGAAAAAGUGUAGUUUUUAAUCUAUCGUGAGGAAUGUUCGUGUAAAGUUUUGAUAUCAACAAUUUGAGAAAACUGGUUUCAAGUUUACUGAAAAUUUAAUAAUUUUUUAGAGUCCACAUUUGAUUUAUACCACUUCUGACAUAAUUAUGCAGAUGGAAUAUUGCUACAUAAAUAUGCGAAGCAGACGAUGGGGAAGCUGAAGUCAUUCCGUUUGUCAUAAAGUUUAGUUGUUAGUUUGCCGUCAACAUCUCUGUUCAAUAAAAUAUCUAAUUACGAAGCAGACGUGGAAGACUGUGAUGCCUACUAUUUCGAGUUCACAGAGAUAUACCGAAUUGGCAUAUAAAUGAGAAUGAUUAAUGUUGAUAGAUAAAACGUCGUCGAUAUCAAUGCUUUUCUUAACUUAUGACCUUAUUGUUUUGUAUCCGCUUAAUGCUAUAGUUUUAAAACAGAUGAUUAUUUUAUUGGUAACAUUAAUAUAUUUAUGAAUUCUCAAUGUGCUAUAUAUGAUACCCGAAUAAACAAACAAAUACGCUAUUCGAUUCUGCCGUAACAGCUAUAUAUGAACCUUUGAAUUCAAAAUACGUCACUACAUCAUGAAAUGUGAAGAUAACGAACAGUGAUCAAUCUCAUAACUCCAAUAAGUAAUCAAUCUCAUAACUCCAAUAAGUAAUACAAAAUAGAUAGUUGGGCAAACACGAAACCCUGGACACACCAGAGGUAUGAUCAGGUCCCUAGGAGGAGUAAGCAUCCCCUGUCGACCGGUCACACCCGUUGUGAGCCCUAAAUCCUGAUCAGGUAAACGAAGUUACCCGUAGUCAAAAUGUGAUCUGACAUGAAUGACUAGAAUUCGAUACUCGGAUCUGUAUGAGGGAAAAUAACACUUCAAAUUUUAAUUGCACCACUAGACAAUCUUCACUUAAACAUAUCAUAUAAUCGACGAAUACCACCAUGUAAUUACACCCGUAUUCUAAAUAAAGAUCACAAAGUCUACCACAUGUGCAUCAAUAGCUAGAGACAUGUACAUGAUUAAUGUCCAGAAAUAUCAACCGAUAUCAUGUCAUUUUAGACUUCAACUUUCAACACAGUGUACAUUAUUUAUAAUAAGAUUAUAGUAAGUAUUUGAACUUACAACAUCGGCUAAAAAGGGCAUGGAAAAGAUGAUAAUUAAUUGCACCCUGAACCUCCCCUACACGGUGUGCUUUUGAGCAGACGAUAACAUAGACGUGUCUUAUUACUUUGCCGGAAGCUUGUUUGACAACUAAGACAUCCUUUUGCUUGUGUUGUUUGCAAGGUACUUAAAUGAAGGGACGAUAAAUAAAUUGAGCAUCUUCCGAUUAUUGUGAAUUGUGUCUAUAAAUUUCAAGAAAUAAUGGCUGCUAGCUUCUGUUAUUCAACGGAUCUAACAAAUUUGACGAUCAAACUUUCCAAAACCGUGUCUCCCUUGGAUUCAUCUGUAAGUUUCACAUUGGGAGUUAUCGGAAAUAUACUGGCUUUAGCGAUGCUUAUAAAACAUGCAGACCAGCACAAAUGGAAAAUAUUCUACAGACUCGUAGGAGCACUUGCCUUUACAGAUCUGUUUGGUAUUUUGACUACCUCCCCAGUGGUCUUCGCCGUUUAUAACAACAAAUUUAUGUGGGUAGGCGGUCAACCAUUAUGUGAUUAUUUCUCGUUUAUGCUUAUAUUCGCUAGUUUGGGAACUUUGACUACUGUAACUGCCAUGUCUCUGGACAGAUUUCUGGCGUUAUGGUAUCCAUAUUUCUACAACUCGUCACAAAAGAAAAGACGUGUCCACGCUAUGCUGGUUGGGAUUUGGAUUUUUGCCGCUGUAGUUGCUUCCAUGCCUUUGAUGAAGUUCGGACACAACAUACGCCAUUUUCCAUGUACCUGGUGUUUCAUUGAUUAUUUCGGAACUUCUCAAACCGACAGAAUAUUUUCCAUUUUAUACGCUUCACUGGGAAUACUUACCGUUGUCUGCUCCUCGACUUUUAACUGCCUUGUCAUUUUUGCUGUGUCUAGGGGAGGUUACAGUACUCACCGAGGGAGCGUAAAAAGUGUCAGAGGAAAACAGCGAGAGAAAAGAAACGAGAUUUUUGUACUGGUGUUCUUAAUUGCUGUUCUAUUAAUGCAUUCCGUGUGUUGGAUGCCUUUCAUGAUUCGCGUAUUAAUAAACACUUCAGGGGCCAGACCAAAUUUCAAAGCGGAUCUCUUGGUAUUGAGAAUGGCAUCAUGGAACCAAAUACUCGAUCCGUGGUUGUACAUCGUACUCAGAAAAGAAAUGCUGAUCAGAAUUUAUAAUUUUUACCGCAAGAAGAGAUACGGUGUCGCUUCCGUGACACCUAACCACAGCACUGAGAGUUCCUCAGGCAGUCUGCACAGUAGUCAACGUCUCCAAACACUGAGUCCCAUACAGAAGAAACUCCUGAAGAAAAUGAAUUCAACAGAUUCCAACACUUCUAAUAUAAAUGAAGAUAGACACGGAAGUUCCGGAAGAAUCAACAGCCCGUCUUUACUAAGAAAAACGUAAUAUACAGUCCCCGGUCUACAUUAUAAUAUUGCAUUUCGUAAAAGUGUGUAAUUUUUGUAUUUCAUUUGCUUGUUAUAUUAUUAGUGCGGUAUCUAGAACAAACACAUGUCGUGGUAAUAGAUACUAUUAUUAUACCUCAGAAUGUUUUUGCUAUGUAACUGUUAGGUGAAUAAAAUUGCUAUUUCUUCAGGAUAA